CAGACUGAGUAGGAGGAGGUGGGGCAAGGUGCGACAAGGCUGAUAAUAUCAGCUUGUAAAAGGAAAACAAAACAAAACUGUAAAACAUCCACGAAUACUUCCUACUGCCGCCCCAGCGUCACAGGCUGUUGAACAAAAGCCAUGGACCCGCAGUACUUCAAGUCUCAUACAAUGUGUUGGGGUACCCUUGGAACGGUGCGACCCUUCUCCAGUUUCCACCCACAAAAAGAUGUGUUAGUCAUCCAUGAGGCACUGGAGAAAAAAGAUGCAGGCGCUCUUGUGAGACUCUUAACCAAUCGCAACAACGCGCAGAGACAGGAAAUCGCCAAAAUCUUUAAAGAGGCAACGCAACGGGACCUGGUGGCUGGCAUGAAGAAAGUUCUGUCUGGAGAUCUGGAGACGCUCAUGCUAGAGCUGAUGAUGCUUCCUACGCAACACAAGGCUCAUCGCCUGCAUCGGGCCAUGGCGGGUUUGGGUACAGACGAAGAAACCAUCCUGGAGAUAUUGUGUACGCGAUCCGUCAAGCAGCUCCGAGACAUCAGCGCUGCGUAUAAACUAUUGUACAAAAAGGACAUGGAGAAGGAAUUGAAAGGAGAAACCAGUGGAGACUUUGCCAAGCUUUUGUUGGCUCUUAUGAAUAAAGAAGAAGUUGCAGGUUUUGUUCAGAGGGAUAUUGAGGCUCUCGCUGCAUCACUAAAUGGGAAAAAAGCUGAUGCGGCUCCUUGGAUUGACAUACUCACCUCUAGGGACUUCAAUCAUCUUGACCAAGUGUUGAUGGGGCUGGAGCGUGAGAGUCGACGGAUGGUGAUUCCAGCUCUGGAGAAACGGUUCUCAGGGGACAUCCGGCUGGGAUUGAGUGUUUUAGUGCAGUGCAUUCGAAACCCUGAUGUCUACCUUGCCAAAAGACUAACAGGCAUGAAGGCACCGGUAGUCCAAAGCAUCAUGGUGUCCCACAGCGAGGAAGACCUACUCUGUAUCAGAGUUGCCUUUCGCAAACUAGCAGGCGAUUCUCUCUACACAACCCUGCAGAAACACUUCAAGGGGGAUCAUUUACAAGCUCUGUUGGCCAUCUGUCGAUCUGAAGACUGCUGAAGUACAUAAGAAUACGUUUUUUUGUGCAUAUAUUUGUGCUGAUUAAAAAAAAGCAAUGGAGUUGCUAAA